CACCCUGGAAGAAUACACUGUUCUUACUCCGAAUGUUCAUUCUCGAAUAUCGUCCUUCCCUUGCCCGAUGUAGAUCCAAAGUGGCUGCCCAGUCGGAUUGCUAUAUAUUGCAUAACGAAAUGCUCGUCUCCUGCAGUCGAUAUCGUGAAGUUAGCAUACACUUCCCCUGCAUUCAGCUGGCGUAUACACAGGCUGUCCAGCAUGACAGUUCUGAUCAACUCGAAGACUUAUCCCCGCCGUCGUCAGUGAGGAUACCACCGAUUCAUUACCCCAACUACGCAAUGAUAGACAAUGCAAAUCAUUAUCAUCAUUCAACCGUCCUUCAUUCCAAAGCAUCAACCUGCAUUGCCUGUCGGUGAUCUUGAUCUUUUGCUCCCAUGGGCCUGCAUGACCACAAGGCUCUACUCGCGAACUCCGAAUGCUUCAUUAUUGUUGUAUACGGUUUUCUUAUCUCACCU